GGUCACGUGGGGGGGUCAGCCCGCCCCGCCCACCGCUUCCUGAACGGCGGGGUCCGGCCUGCCGGCGUACGCACGUGGCCUGCCCGUCUUCUUCCUCCGCGACCCCGCGCUGCAGCCAUGGCUCCCGGCCAGCUUGCCCUGUUCAGCGUGUCUGACAAAACUGGCCUAGUGGAAUUUGCCAGAAACCUCGCAUCUCUUGGUUUGAGUCUAGUCGCUUCCGGAGGCACGGCCAAAGCGCUCAGGGAUGCUGGCCUGGCAGUCAGAGAUGUGUCUGAGCUGACGGGUUUUCCUGAAAUGUUGGGGGGGCGUGUGAAAACCUUGCAUCCUGCUGUCCAUGCUGGAAUCUUGGCCCGAAAUAUUCCAGAAGAUAAUGCUGACAUGGCUAGACUUGAUUUCAACCUUAUAAGAGUUGUCGCCUGUAACCUGUACCCCUUUGUGAAGACUGUGGCUUCUCCAGAUGUGACUGUUGAGGCAGCUGUUGAGCAAAUUGAUAUUGGUGGAGUGACCUUACUGAGAGCUGCAGCCAAAAACCACGCUCGAGUGACAGUCGUGUGUGAGCCAGAGGACUAUGUGGCCGUGGCCACCGAGAUGCAGAGCUCCGAUAGUAAGGACACCUCCCUGGAGACCAGGCGCCACUUGGCCUUGAAGGCAUUUACUCAUACUGCACAAUAUGAUGAAGCGAUUUCUGAUUACUUCAGAAAGCAGUACAGUAAAGGAAUUUCCCAGAUGCCCUUGCGGUAUGGGAUGAAUCCCCAUCAGACUCCUGCCCAGCUGUAUACGCUGAAGCCCAAGCUUCCCAUCACAGUUCUCAAUGGAGCCCCUGGAUUCAUAAACUUGUGUGAUGCUUUGAACGCCUGGCAGCUGGUGAAGGAACUCAGGCAGGCAGUAGACAUCCCUGCUGCGGCUUCUUUCAAGCACGUCAGCCCAGCAGGUGCCGCUGUUGGAGUUCCCCUCAGUGAAGACGAGGCCAGAGUCUGCAUGGUCUAUGACCUCUAUCCGACCCUCACGCCUAUGGCCACUGCAUAUGCAAGAGCAAGAGGGGCCGAUAGGAUGUCUUCAUUUGGUGAUUUUAUUGCAUUAUCUGAUGUUUGUGAUGUCCCGACUGCAAAAAUCAUCUCCAGAGAAGUGUCAGAUGGUAUUGUUGCCCCGGGAUAUGAAGAAGAAGCCUUGAAAAUACUAUCUAAAAAGAAGAAUGGAAACUACUGUGUUCUUCAGAUGGACCAGUCCUACCAACCGGAUGAAAAUGAAGUUCGAACACUCUUUGGUCUUCGUUUAAGCCAGAAGAGAAAUAAUGGUGUCAUCGACAAGUCCUUAUUUAGCAAUAUUGUCACCAAGAACAAAGAUCUGCCGGAGUCUGCCCUCAGAGACCUCAUUGUAGCCACUGUGGCCGUCAAGUACACUCAGUCCAACUCCGUGUGCUACGCCAAGGACGGACAGGUUGUCGGCAUCGGAGCAGGGCAGCAGUCCCGGAUACACUGCACACGCCUUGCAGGGGAUAAGGCAAACUCGUGGUGGCUCCGACACCAUCCACGGGUGCUUUCCAUGAAGUUUAAAACCGGGGUGAAGAGAGCGGAAAUUUCCAAUGCCAUUGAUCAGUAUGUGACGGGCACCAUUGGUGAGGGAGAAGACCUGGUGAAGUGGAAGGCACAGUUCGAGGAAGUCCCCGAGUUACUCACCGAGGCGGAGAAGAAGGAAUGGGUGGACAAGCUGAGUGGUGUUUCUGUCAGCUCUGAUGCCUUCUUUCCUUUCAGGGAUAAUGUAGACCGAGCUAAAAGGAGUGGUGUGGCCUACAUUGUCGCUCCGUCUGGAUCCGCUGCAGACAAGGUUGUGAUCGAGGCGUGCGAUGAACUGGGGAUCGUCUUGGCUCAUACGGACCUCCGACUCUUUCACCACUGAUCUCAGUUUCUGUUCUUUCCUGCUUUACUUAUGUGCAGUGGCUAAUCAUGUGUGGGAUUUUUAAAGCACCUUUUAGAAAAUGA